AUGGCCGCGAUCAGCAGCGCAUCAGAGAAAGGUGUCUUGGGCCCGGAUGAUUUGGGCGAGAUUUUGAGCAUUGACGUGCCCAAAUUGGCGUCGGAGGAAGCCCUCGACGAUGUCUACCAAACGUACAAGUCGGCCGCCCUCGAAGACGUUUCGCCAGAGGACGAGCGGCGGGUUCUGCGCAAGAUCGACCUGCGCGUGGUGCCGAUACUCUUUGGCACAUACCUGCUUCAGUACCUUGACAAAAACUCGCUGAACUUUGCUAGUGUGUACGGCCUGAAGAAGGCGACACAUCUCAAAGGCCAGGACUACUCCUGGCUGGGCAGCAUCUUCUACUUUGGCUACUUGAUCGCACAGUUCCCCGGAUCCUACCUGCUGCAGAGGCUGCCAAUCGGAAAGGUCGUCUCCAUCGUGACUAUUCUCUGGGGUGGCAUCGUGAUGACCACCCCGGGCUGCAGCUCGUUUGCCGGCAUGUCGGUGAACCGCUUCUUCCUGGGCGUCACCGAGGCCGUGGUCAACCCGGCCUUUGUGCUGAUCAUGUCGACCUGGUACACGGCCACAGAGCAGCCACUGCGGCUGGAGUCGUACUACUGCACCAACGGCAUCGCCACCAUGUUUGGCGGCCUGAUCGGCUAUGCCGUCGGCCACAUUUCCACUGGCCUGCCCAAGUGGAUGUACGUCUUCCUCAUCUUCGGCUCCGCGAGUGUCGCCUGGGGCGUCGUGUCUCUCUUGGUUCUGCCGGACCUGCCGUCGACAGCGCGCUUCCUCAACGAACGCGAACGCGCCAUCGCCAUCAACCGGGUCUCGCAGAACAAACAGGGCGUCAAGAACCACCAUUUCCGCAGCUACCAGGCCGUCCAGUGCGCAAAGGACCCCAAAACCUGGAUCCUCUUCGUCAUGGCUGUCGGCGCCCAGAUCCCCAACUCAGCCCUCACCAGCUUCACCAGCAUCAUCGUCGGCACCUUUGGCUUCGAUACCCUCGGCACUCAGUACAUGCAGAUUCCCGGCGGCGCCGUCCAGUUUCUCGCCCUCAUCAUCGGUGGCUGGGUCUGCACCCGCUGGUCCAACCUGCGCUGCAUCACCAUGAUCGUGGCCAAUACCAUCUGCAUCAUCGGCGCCGCCAUGCUGGUGGGACUGCCAAACGACAGCAAGUGGGGCCGUCUUGUUGGCCUUUGGCUUUGCUACUUCCAGGGCCUCGGCUUCAGCAUUUCACUGACGAUGGUGUCCUCCAAUGUUGCUGGAUACACAAAGAAGCAGCUGACUGGCGCUGUCCUCUUCACAGGAUACUGUGUGGGGAACAUCAUCGGACCACAGACUUUCAAGUCCAGUGAGGCUCCUCAUUACCACAGCGCGUACAUUGCCAUGCUGGUGGGCUACACAGUCAAACUAGUCAUGGUUAUCGUGCUGUACAUCUACAUGUACCGCAGCAACAAGGCACGUGAUGCUGCAAGUGUGUCCGACGACAGUACGGCUGUCGAGAUGGGCAUGCUUGACCAGACCGAGCUCGAUAACAAGGGGUUCAGGCUCUACCUUGCUGAGGACUCUACCCCGGCAUAA